AUGGUAGCUGCCCAGCUUCGGCGACACCACCAUGUGGAAUUGCUCGAAAUUAAUGCUGCUCCGAUCCUGAGCCGAUUUGUGCAUGAACUGAUGCUACCACCCACCUUCUACGUCGGUGUCAAGUCGCUGCUGACGUUCCUGCGGGUGGAUAUGCAUGUGCUGGGACACACUGUCCUACCUGCCAAUACCGACGCUCGGGCGAAGUUUCUGGAGAGGAAUGGCACAGACGCCAUUCACUCGACGCAGGCGUUUUCCAGAAACUUGGCUAUGCCUCGCUGUGUUAUGCUUAUGGCCGCAUUGAUUGUGAUGGUCAAGUUGCGGUAUGGUCUUGAUGGCAUUCACCGGAAAGAAGUGCCGUCGAUGGUAGGGGGACGACAGGUCAUCUCGGGUGCGCCGCCGCACGAAGAAGCAUGGCUCGAUGCGCUCUGCGCGCUACAUGGACUGCCCAGUGAUCGCGUGUGGAAAACGAGUUCCCCUGUCUUUGCUCCGUGGGAUGCGUCUGUCGACUUGCUUUCUCUAAGUGAUGCACAUUUGGAUACCUACUUGACUUUUCUGGAGCAAGAGUACCUACCGAGCAACGUGCCGAGUAGCAUGCCGUUUCGGCGUCGUGACGAUGUGGACGAUUUAUUGCCCAAGCGUGUGCCUCCUCAGGCGCCGCUGGACCUUGUCGAGCGUGUGCAAAACAUGCACGAGGCAUUCCAGCGGAGACGAGCGGAACUUCUACAGGCCAUAUACCAGGACGAGGACCAUUCGCCUGGUAUUUUACCAGGGGACGCCUAUCCGACACACACACACGACCCAGGCGGUGCAAUGACUCGGAGCAUGGAGCGGAUACUGGCCAUCGGCAUGCGGAUCGUGGGGCUUGACACAGAGGUGAAACCCAACUUUGAGUCGGUGGCCUCGCACACGAGCCGCCCACGCGAGAACGAUGUGCUGAGACAAUGCGUGUUACAGUUAGAGGAGUCGCUGCUCAUGACGCUGAUGCGGGAGCGUGGAAAUAGAUAA